GGCUCCCUCCCUGGGCUGGGCGGGGCAGGUUAAUACUAACCGGCUGCCUCCUCCCCUCCCAGGCAGAGCCACUUGGGAACGGGACCUGCAGCAUAAAAAGCCAACUUGCUCAUGAGAAGGAAAAAAGAUCAGGGGAAACCUGGGCUUCCUGGCAUCAUGUUUUGACAAUCCUCGGCACUGACUUUGCUCCCCUGGCGUUCUUCUCCACUGGCUCCACUGGCGCCCCCUGCAGGCUGAUCUGGGAGGUGGCGGCUUCAGCACGGGGCAGACAUCACCAUGGCUCUCCUGAUUCACUUGCUGGUCUGCACCUUCGGGAUGGGCUCCUGGGUGGCCAUCAACGGACUGUGGGUGGAGCUGCCCCUGCUGGUGGCGGAGCUGCCCGAGGGGUGGUAUCUUCCCUCCUACCUCACAGUGGUCAUCCAACUGGCCAACGUCGGCCCCCUCCUGGUCACGCUGCUCCAUCACUUCCAGCCCGGCUGCCUCUCGGAGGUGCCCAUCAUCUUCACCGUGCUGGCUGUGGGCACCCUCGCCUGCACGCUCUUCGCCUUCCUCUGGAAUGUCACCUCCUGGGUGCUGGAUGGCCACCACAGCGUCGCCUUCAUGGUCCUCACCUUCUUCCUGGCCCUGGUGGACUGCACCUCUUCGGUCACCUUCCUGCCUUUCAUGAGCCGGCUCUCCGCCCGCUACCUCACCACCUUCUUUGUGGGCGAAGGACUCAGCGGCCUCCUGCCUGCCCUGGUGGCUCUUGCCCAGGGCUCAGGUCUCACCACCUGUGUCAAUGUCACUCAGCUGUCAGACACCACCCCAAGCUCUGAGACCACCGGGAAGGAGGUCUUCCUACAGGGAGCUAAUGUCACCUUGAUGUCUGACCUGACCGGGACGACACAGUCCGCCGUCCAUCUGGAAAGCCGCUACCUCCCAGCCAACUUCUCACCCUUGGUCUUCUUCCUCCUGCUCUCCUUCAUGAUGGUCUGCUGCCUCACAGCUUUCUUUGUCCUCCAGCGUCAGCCCAGGCCCAGGGAAUCUUCCAUAGAAGACCUCCUCACCUCCCAGGUCACCCUCCACUCCAUCCGGCCACGAGAAGGGGAGGACCUGGGCCCCCCAGACCCAGGGGCUUGCAUCAAGGCCCAGGGGCAUCCAGAGGAGAAAACAGACUCCAAGCACCCAGGCCAACUGGCCUUCAUCUACAUUCUGGUGGCCUUCGUGAACGCACUCACCAACGGCGUGCUGCCCUCCGUGCAGACCUACUCCUGCCUCUCCUAUGGGCCUGUGGCCUAUCACCUGUCUGCCACGCUCAGCUCCAUGGCCAACCCUCUUGUCUGCUUCCUCUCCAUGUUUCUGCAGCUCAGGUCUCUACCAUUCCUGGGGAUCCUCACCGUGCUUGGGACUGGCUUCGGGGCCUACAACAUGGCCAUGGCCGUGAUGAGCCCCUGCCCUCUUAUGCAGGGCCACUGGGCUGGGGAAGUCCUCAUUGUAGCCUCGUGGGUGCUGUUCAUUGGCUGUUUGAGCUACGUCAAGGUGAUGCUGGGCGUGAUCCUACGCGACCGCAGCCGCAGCGCCCUCUUGUGGUGCGGGGCGGCGGUGCAGCUGGGCUCCCUGGUCGGAGCUCUGCUCAUGUUCCCGCUGGUCAACGUGUUGAGGCUCUUCUCCUCGGCUGACUUCUGCAGCCUGCAGUGCUCCGCCUAGAACACCUGGAGAGGUCCAGGACAGGGUCCUGAUCCGCGACCAUUACUAACACCUGGAAACUUGAGCAGGGCACGUGCCCAAGGCCACAGGGCAAGGGGUGGGGAGCUAGGAAGCAGAGGCUGGGUAUAUCCUCUGGCACGGUGGAGAACGCCGCAAGACCUCCCAAGGGACCCGGAACUGCAAAGCACAGCCCUACCCGGGUGCUGAGUCACAGUGCCCGCAAUCCCACUGCAGAACUCUUUCGGACUGUUGAGAGAGAGCUGGUUUGCAGCCUCAGCUGGAGGCAGGCUCAAGGGUGUCAGAAGGGAGACCGCUGAGAGGGUGAGCAGCCCUCACAGGCUGUGUGACCUUGGGGAAGUCACUUAUUUCUCUGUGCCUUCCUAAAAUGGAGAUUAUGAUAAAUAGCGCCUACCUCAUAGGCUUAGCACAGGGAUCAAGGGGAGAAGCGCCCAGCACGUAGCAAGCCCUCUUGGGCCAUUUCCUGAUCUGAUGCCCAACAGAAAUAACAAGGGACAAUUUACACAACCUGGAAGUGGCCAGGGUGGUUGAGAGAGGACCCUUGCCCCGUUUCCUUUUCCCACCCUCCUCUAAGAGAAGCUUCUGGGACCCUGGUGGAACCAUGGGAAUCCUGACUCCUCGGUUCCCAGUAUGGAUGGAUGUUAUACACCACACACCCCUUCCUGUCACCCCUCCUGACCCACGAAGACCUGCUCCUUGGAAAGUGAGUGACCUCCUGGGAGGCAGAGAGGUGGCGGGCGGGGUGGCACGCUACAGCAAACCUCGGGAAGUGAGUUCUAUCCCCUCUCCCACUCCCCAGGGCCAGGAUUGAACCCUGAGGACCCUGGGAAGUCUGGGAAGGAGUGCAUUCACUACCCGACUGUUCCUUUGUUCUCUUUUUUUCUUUUUCUUUUAGAUAGACAUUCCCUGCUUUUACACUAAGAUCAGCCCUCCCACAAAAAAGUCUAACAUGAACCCCAAAGUCAAUAUCAUCGGUCUUCAGUUAGUUCUAAGGUCAAGGCUAAGCUCCGAAAUGAACAGGUAUCAAGUGUUCAGAGAA